AUGCAAGUCCUUUCCAGUCUGGCGUUGGUUCUGAAGAACAUUUGGACACUUUCCUUCCUCCGGGAUCUCCUGUGUGAAUUUGUGGGCACUGCCAUCUUCCUCUUCACCAGUCUGGCCUCAGUGGUGCUAUGGCCCCAGCUUCCAGCCUGGGAUGGGAGCCUCUCCAGUCCCACCAGUGAUUAUCAUGUCCAUGACUUGUCCUCAGAGUCCGACCCAUCCCUUCUCUCUGACUCCCAGCCCCUCUCCCAGUGCCACCCUAACCCCCUGCAUGUGGCCUUGGCAUUCGGGGCCUCCGUGGCUGUGGUGUCUGUGUGCCUGGGUCCUGCUACCUCUGGAGGAGGGGUCCACCUGAACCCGGCUGUGACUCUGGCUCUGGCUGCAGGACUCAGGGUGAGCCCCUGCAGAGCUAUCCUCUACGUGGGGGCACAGCUCCUCGGUGCACUCUGUGCUUGUGCACUUCUCAUGGGAAUGGUGCCUGCCCCGCUCAGAGGGCAUCUGGGGUUGAACGAGGUAGGCUUGGGUGUCCACCCAUGCCAAGCCUUCACAGUGGAGACAGCCAUCACCUUUCAGCUGGUGGUCUGUGUCCUCGCCACGUCUCGACCCACAUCAGCCUUCCACCUCCUGGGUCCUGUAGUGGUCGGCUUGUCUGUCGUUCUGGGGAAUCUCGUGGCAAUUGGGUACACUGGCUGUGGGAUGAAUCCUGCUAGGUCUUUUGGUCCAGCUGUGGUCACUUUAAAAUUUCAAAACCAUUGGGUGUAUUGGGUGGGGCCGUGUGCGGGGGCAUUACUAGCUGGCCUACUACAUGACUUGGUGCUCUACCCACGGUGGGGUUGCCCUGGCGACUGGUUGGCUGAGUUUAAGGAACUGUUUCCCAAGGAUCCACUCAAACAGCCCACCACCUUGGAACACACAGUGGAGUAG